AUGAGCACCCAAGGACAGACGAUCACUUGCAAAGCCGCGGUCUGCUGGGAAAAGGGAUCUCAGCUCUCCGUCGAAGAGAUCCAGGUCGAACCUCCUAAAGCCGGCGAAGUCAGAAUUCAGAUUCUUUACACUGGAAUUUGCCAUACGGAUGAUUAUACGAGGAGCGGAAAGGACCCAGAGGGAAUAUUCCCAGUCAUUCUCGGUCACGAGGGUGGUGGAAUCGUCGAAUCGAUAGGCGAAGGCGUUACGAGCGUACAAGUUGGAGACCACGUUAUCCCUCUGUACACAGCUGUUCGAGAAACUCAGGGUCGCGGUGUGAUGCCUGAUGGUACCUCUCGCUUCAAGUGCAAGGGUCAAACCAUUGCCCACUUCAUGGGUACCUCUACUUUUUCUCAAUACACCGUAGUGGCAGAGGUAUCCGUUGUCCGUAUCGCUCCAAAAGCUCCUCUCGACAAAAUUUGCUUGCUUGGAUGUGGGAUUCCAACCGCAUACGGAGCAGUACACAAACUCUCUGGAAUCAAGGGAUCCACGGCCGCAGUCUUUGGUGUCGGAGCCAUCGGUUUGGGUGUCAUCAACACGCUCGUACAAGAUGGAGCAUCACGAAUCAUCGCAGUCGACGUCAAUCAAGGAAAACAAGCAUGGGCAACAAAGUUUGGUGCAACAGACUUUGUCAAUCCAACGCAGCUGGAUGGAAAGCGGAUCCAAGACCACAUCAUUUCCAUGACCGACGGUGGCGUCGAUUUUUCGUUUGACUGUACUGGGAAUGUCCAAGUGAUGAGGGCCGCACUCGAGGCGUGCCACAAAGGCUGGGGAGUGUGCACCAUCAUUGGUGUCGCUGCUGCUGGAGAGGAAAUCUCCACGCGUCCGUUCCAGUUGGUCACCGGACGUACUUGGCGUGGAACGGCAUUUGGCGGGAUCAAAGGACGCACAGAGCUUCCAAGUAUGGUUGAGGAUUACCUGGCCGGAAAGCUCAAAGUGGACGACUAUAUCACUCACCACCGGGCUCUUGCCGAUAUUAACAAAGGUUUUGAUGACAUGCAUAGUGGUGAAUGCAUUCGUUGCGUGGUCGACAUGGCUUAA